AUGAAGAUGGCUCUUCGUGGGCUGUUGGCAGCACCGUUGAGGGGUGUCUCGAGAACACCUGUCAGAGUCGCUGCCGCCGCUGCCAGGGUUGGUUCCUCGUCGUCUUCUUCUUCUUCACGGCUCAGUUUCACCAGUCGAUCUCUUCAUCAGCAACGUGUCCUCACACUCGACUCGACACCAUCGCACUCGCUGCUAUUCAAGCCUGCGUCGGCUUAUUUUGCCUCAGCCUCACCGAUCAUCCUCUCUUCACGGUCGAUCUCCACGACAUCAUCGACGAGCAACACCAGCUCCUCCUCAAAGCCCUCCUCCACUCCACCACCACGACCCGAACCCGAAGCAGAAGACACCGACUCUCCACCGCCCAAGGCAACCCUUCGCGAGCGGUUGAAGUUCCUCACUCGGCGCUACGGCUGGUGGGCGCUCGGCGUCUACCUUCUCGCCUCUUCCGUCGACUUUUCCCUCACCUUCCUCGCCAUCCACCUCUUGGGUGCCGACCACAUCCGUUCCCUCGAAGCCUCCCUCCGCAAAUCCAUCGGUCUCGAACAACGAUCCGAAGAUCCCGAUGAAUCCUCGAAAUCCGGCAACAAGAGCAGUACCAUCUGGACAGAAGCAGUUCUCGCAUACACCAUUCACAAGACCCUUCUGCUCCCCGUAAGGGUGGCGUUCACUGCCGCGGUCACACCGAGCUUUGUCAAAUGGCUCGUCAAGAUGGGUUGGGCAAAGGCGAACCACCAGGUCAAAGCGAGUGUCGGGAGGAAGGCUGCGGAUAAGGCGAUCCAGGAUGUCGUGAGGAGAAACAAUGCCGUUAAGAAGGUCGAGGAGACUGCCAAGCAUCAGUAA